GGUAUGGGAAUGCCCUGUGAUGCUCCCCCUCCGCCCUCGUACUCCUUUUGAAUGUUAAUGCUUUCUUGGGGAUGAUUUCAGACAUACUGCUAGGAUACUGCCUCUACUCACUGAAGCAGAAUCCUCGGAGGAGUUGCUGAGGCAGAACUGAAAUCAUGGCUCGCCUCAGAGAAGCAGCCGUGUUGGCCGCUAAUGAUGCCUCACCCAGAAAGACGAUGCUCCUUUAACUCGAGGCUUUUAAUGGGAAGUUUCUAAGCCUGAAACAACAGCUUUAGAUCUGGGGUGUGCCACCAGCUGCCUGCGGCUCCCACCGUCUCCUGCUUUAACACAGCCUGGUCGGGAGAAUGGAAACUAAAGAAGCUUGUAACUACCUGUAACUGUUCCACCAGGAAAUGGAUCAAGUGUUUGUUCAGCCAGACUCAGAGAACUCAGCCUCUCCAAGGUGCAAGCACCAUGAUCUCAGCAGACUGACAAUGGAAGGAGAGGACACUGGGCGAUCCUGCGCUCUGGCUUCCCUGGACGAUGGAUGGAGGACAGCCCGUCCCUUCGCCCCCAGUGCCCUUCGGGAACUCGUUGUCAGAUUCUAGCAUGUCUCUGGAGCAAAAAACCACGUUUGCUUUUGUGAUUUUGCUGUUUAUUUUCUUGGGCGUCCUCAUCGUCAGGUGCUUCCGGAUUCUUCUGGACCCAUAUCGGAGCAUGCCAACCUCGACCUGGGCUGAUGGACUUGAAGGCCUGGAGAAAGGGCAGUUUGACCAUGCCCUAGCUUAGCGGGGCGGGAGCAGGACCCCCUACUGAGGAGGGGAACUGCUUCAUGUCUUGGCAAGGAACUCUCUGUCGUCAAUGCUCUCAACAAAUAAUCAAGUUUUAGUGACAUCUGGUCCUAAGACCACAACCCAUUACUCAGUAAGCAUGCUGUUGGGUUAAGACAUUUGAGCAUAUUGGAAAUGGAGACUUAAGUCUUAAGUUACUCACCCAAAAUAGAAAGGUUUCCAUUUCUGUGUUUACUCAAUGAAUGGAUGUUGUCAAAGGUGGGAUGGUGAAACCGAGAGCAUCGAUGCUGACAUAAACUUUGCCAUAAAAUGAAGCACUAUCCAACCUGAUCAGAGAAUAAAGACUAGAAAGGGUCGGACCCUGAAUCUGGUGACAGGGCCAAGAAGAGAUUUCCUUGCUUUAAUCGUGUCCCUCACGUUAUUUUAUUUCAUGGGAAUCUGGGUCCCAGGCAGAGAGUGAGGAAGAUUAUGCUGAGUGGACCAAAAGCAGGUACUUGUUUUUUCCUAAAGCAAGGAGUAUGGGGAGGCUAUGGGAGGGCUGAGAAGACAGGGUUUCAUCCUGGGAAACUAGAGUGAGGAUGAUAUUUUAUUUUUAAAAUAAAACUGAGUUCAAAGGCUUAUAGAGGUUUAAAACUAUUUACCAGGCCAGGUACAUUCUAUGUAUUCAUAUUAAUAACAUGUAUAGAGGUAGCUAUACAUAACCUGAAUUUACUUUCUUUACACAAACAACUGAAAUAAUAGGUUAGAAGUGCAGCUUGAAGUUGUGUUUGUGUGUGUGUGUGCUUUUUUUAAAUAAAAAGUUAAGUGUUUAGAGGAGGAGACUUUGACAGUCUCAAGAGAACUGUGUGUUUAUGACUGAAUAUAGAAACCAAAUAAAACUUUUCAAGGCA